GAUUUUACGUCAACACUGUGACGUCACAUGUAAUAUUUAUCAUUUAUUUUGUCUAAUUCCAGGGAUAAAACGCACAACGGUAGUUACACCAAUUAGUUAACUUCUGCCAAGAUAGCAGUUUCAAAGUAAGUUUGUCCAGUUUCAGUUCGCUGCGCGCUGGGAACGCCAAAGUUCCGAAUUUCCGACUUCCUACAACGCAGCUCAACUACGGGUUGGAACUUGCUCCAAAGAAACAUCCGGUGCACGAUAAAGCAACUUUCACUUCACGAUGUCAGGCUUAGUUCCAGAAGGUUCUGGUGCAGGGUCGAGCAACAAACGUUUGCAGCAGACCCAAGCCCAGGUCGAUGAGGUGGUGGAUAUUAUGCGCGUGAACGUGGACAAAGUGCUGGAACGGGACCAGAAGUUAUCGGAACUGGACGAUCGAGCAGAUGCACUCCAAGCUGGAGCAUCCCAGUUUGAGACUAGUGCUGCCAAACUGAAGAGGAAGUACUGGUGGAAGAACUGCAAGAUGUGGGCCAUCCUGAUAGCUGUCCUACUGAUUAUCGUGGUCAUCAUUAUUAUUUGGUCACAAGCCUAAAACGGCAUCAAGAAGCGGAGAUGAGCAACAAGCAUCAUUGAAAGGCAGAGGUCACAUGAUUAGUGGCUUCUUAGUUCACAUUUUCUUCUCCUUUGAAGGGGGGGGGUCUUCAUUCCUUGUCUUGUAUGUGCCUCAAUACAUGCUAUGGGCUUACUCACAAGCCCGACCUGUGCAGUGCCACGUACGAAACACACAUGAACAGAAACGUAGCUAAUUGACCGAAACUACACCAGUGUCACAUGGUGAACAGAAAAUGCUGCCUCUGCAGUCCUUGUUCUCACUUUCAGUAAAACAUACACCAAAGCCUUUAAUGACAUGAUGUGGCGUAUAGUUGUAAACUCCUCUUGUAUUUUGUUUUUACGUUUGAAAACUAGCCUUCAAAGUGUGUGCCAUUAGAAGUACUUUCCAAAAUUUUCCUGCCCACCAUUGAAGCAAAUUCAACAUUUUUCAACUUUGUAAGAAUCCUCCUGUUCUGUAUUUUGCUUGUGCCUUCAAAAGACACAGAGCUGUUCAAUUUGCAUGCCUUAACUUAUUUAUACGCAUGGCUGAAUGCUCAUGAACUUGUUUUGCAAACAUAUUGGUUGCUAGAUAAAUAGAAAAAUAUACUUUAUGAAUUCCUUUAGGGAAAUGUUGGUUAUAGUGAAUUCUAUUGUGAAAUAUAUGAAAUAAUUAAAUUGAUCAUCUCAAAUCGACAACUUAGAAGGAGCGUAUGUUUAUGCCUCGGGUUCAUAGUGUUAUAGCCAUUUGCAUCAUUGUCUCAGGAAUGACUUGGUGUACAGUUAAAGAUCAUUUGUGAUUUGAUUUGGAUUUAUGCGGAACAACAUAUGGCCACGAUAGCCCACCAUGCAAUUUAAAAGAAAAGGUGACUGUAUUGUCAAUUGUUAGCAUUUAACUCACAUGGUAAACCUUAUUUAAGUAUUCAGUGUGGUUCUCAAAGGACUGAACUCUGGCCCCCGAUUGGAAAAAAGGUUUUGCGCACUUCCUCUUACUGUCAAGCCAAUGGAUUGAUAAAUUAUGUAUAAUUAUCUACCUGAUGGAGUCUAUUGUGCCUUUUGAAUGACUCUCGCAGCUCACUUGCUCAAUCAACUUACACGAGUGUAUUUUUACAUAGAUGUAACCCAUCCGAAUAAAGUGCAUACAUGUGUAAUUAAUGUCGUUUUAUUCAGCUAUGGUUUUUGAAACUUCGUACAGAGCUAACCUUAAAAUUUUUUUUGUUUGGUUUGUGUCCACUGCUGCUAAACAUUUUAGCGGUUGGAAUUUGUUCAAAAACCUUUGGUGGGGUGACAGUGUGAGAAUUACAUGUACUGUGCCAACACUGGAUGAUUGCAUACCCUGCUGUUGCUUCUUAUUAAAUCAUUAAAUGAUGCCUGAUUACUUUGUCA